UCUUCCCGGGACCAGUGCUGUUAUGAGUGAGCAGAGAGCGACCAUGAAUGGCCUGUGCACCCUGCAGCAGCUCCAGCCGGAGCCCGAGCCGGACAAUGUGAGAACGGUGCGUAUGACUCUACGUGAUGACCAGUCUCCAGAGGGGACCGACACCAUCAAAGUAAAGCCGGUGGGACGUGCCUUCGCACUCAUCUCCUCUCACCCCCUCCGGGGGUCCCGGCCCCUCAACUCUGAACUGGUCAAAUCCAAGGAUGGAGAUGAAGAGAUCAUUAAGGUAUAUCUCAAAGCUAAAGCAGAGAGCAAGAAAAACCACGAGUGGAAUGUCUGCCAGCUGAGGAACGAGGUGCGGCAGAUCCAUGAGGCUCGGACCUCCUUGACUCUUCUAAGGCAGGACCUUGAUGCCUCCAAGCAUGAGGUUCACCAGUCAGACGAGGAAGAUCGAGUGGGAAGACAGAAUGGUGAUGGAACUACCAAUGGACUGUGGUCACAGACUAUAGCACAUGAAGAGGAAUUCCCACUGGAUAAUGGUAAGAACAUGAGGGAGACGGCACAGAAGUUGUAUGCCAGACUCCAGGAAUCGGAGAGACGGCACCAGGCAGACCGCAAGAUGUACGAGGAAAAACUGAGUCACUGGCAACAGGAGGCUGAGCAGAGCAAACGGGUGCGUGUAGAGGCGCAAGAAAAGGCCACCGAGCACCAGAAAGAGGUGGAGGAACUGAGGAGGCUGAUGUCCAACAUGGAGAAGGAACACCAGCAACUUCUUAAGACGAUGAAAGAUAAUGAGACAGAGCUGGAGAAAAGGAGAGAACAGCCGGACGGACCUCUGCAGGAGAGAUGUCAAGAACUGGAGAAGACUGUGUCUACCCUGAAGGAGAAGAUUCAUCACCUGGAUGACAUGCUGAAAAGUCAGCAGCGUAAAGUGCGUCAGAUGAUUGAGCAGCUCCAGAAUUCCCGGACGGCCAUGCAGGAAAAGGACUCUGUGAUCCAGGAGCUGCGGGAGAAAGUGACAUGGCUGCAGGCAGAGAACCUUGAACUACAGGACAAACUGGAACAUUUUCUCUCCUCCCAACCAGGACAUGCAUCCUACCUCCCCAGGAGCUACUCCAAGCCCAACCUCCAGAACAUUAAGAGAGUAUACCUCCCUGCAGGCUCUGGCCGGCCAUUACCACUCAUCAAACUGGUGGAGACAUGAUGUGCGACCACGAAUAAAGCUGGCUCCUGCCCUGUUCUUUACAGGCCGCUCGUAGACUAGACAUGGAGGACGUCUUCAGUUCACCCGUUGCCUUUCUUACACUUUCCUCUGUGGAUCAUCCACCUUCCAGGACGUCCCAUGAGAAGAAUUUUAUGGCAUCUACCUGGACAGGGGUGUGGGGGGGACUUUAUCACAUAUUCAUGGACACUAUACAACAACCUAAGAUGGAGCUCUCUGUGUCUCCACCAUGAAUUUCAGAGAGAUACAGGUCUCUAUGGCUGGAUGUACCGUGGGCCGUCAUGCAGCCAGACUGGAAGAUUGUGCCUUUUGUCACCUAAACCAAAGCCGAGCCCUGAGCUGCUGUUUACCCGACAUGACUCCUCUGGGCACAACACAUGCAAAUAACCUAAAAGGAAGGUGCUGAUGUCUCCCUGGCUGGCGGCACAUUAACCACUUCUGUUCUGGGUGGACAUGAAAGGGCAGGUAUCUCAGACGUCUUAUAUAACCCUACAAACAAAGCUCAUACCUGCUGAGCGGCAGCUUCUAUAAUCCUCAUCAUGGCUCCUCCCUGAGGACAGGACUGCUGUAGUUCUAUGGAUCAGCACACCGCGCGUCUUACACUGACGUUGUUUCCUUCACUACAUGGUUAAUGCCUGACAUAUUGGGGGUUCUCUAGAGUAUGCCUUGUCCCUAGCCUAGGCCAUGAUCAUAAAAACAUGGAGGUAGUUAGAGCAAUAUACUGUAACUUGUAUCCAGGUACUUGUGACUUUCCAGGUAGGGUGUGCUGGGACUUGUAGUUCAACUGAGUUUCCCGUUUGCCUCUUCCACAGGUGGCACCCAAUGCUUUACAGGCCUGUCACUCAUGCACUAAGGGCUAGAGACUGUUGAGCACUAAUGUUGGGGGUUUUACUCCUGUAGCAGACCCUGCAUGUAUUUAUUUAUGUCUGUGCGCAUUACCUGCAUCUGACGUGUUGUAUUAUACCUGGAGGUGUAGAUAUACUAGAGUGGUGUUGAAUAAAUUAUGUUAUUUAAGGCCUGUGAAGCCUGCUGUCUGUGCGGUGACAUGUAUGUACAUGAUGCAGUGAGUGGCGGCUGCGCUGAGUUUCGUCUGCACUACACACCCAGUAUAAUUAGUGUGUCACACACCCACACACACACUGUGCCGGGCGAUGGAGGCAGGACGGGGAAGCUCGGGUUUGGAGGUGCAACGCUGGGCUCACUUUGUGAUAAACAUCAGAAUCAGGCUGAUCUGUCAUAUUGGGGCAGUCUGUAGAGGUGAGGGUAUGGAAAUGAAGAGAAUGGCAUUCAGACCAUUGGGGAACUCGGUAAUCCAUUUGGCAGGGUGUCAGGGAAGGUGGGGCCAGACGUCUUUAUUUUUCAGGGUAGCGUUGAGAACUGAAUGUCAAGUAAUGAAGUAUUAAUCCCGGAGGGCAGGGCGCGGGAUAGGCUGGGCUGGCUGCUGCUGCGGCUCAUGUGUUACUCUGCGGCUCCACCUGCUGGUCAUCUGAGGCACGACGGAUAAGCACUGAGCGGGUACAAUUCUCAUUUCCCUGAUCAUUCAGGGGCUCGUCUGAUUUAUUCCUCUACCAUGACACCGAGGAGAAGAAUCAGCGGCGUCCUCUGUACAGAGACCAUUACUGGGACACACUGCAGUGAAUUCUGGUCAUUAACCAGGCACCAUUAGGAG